AAAUAAACAACUCGAGUGAAGGAGGAUCGGUAGCCGGCCAGAUCAAGGGUGUGUUUUGAUAGAAUAUUUCCUACACAGUGCUGAUUUCUAGUCUUAUGCGAUAUCAACGCUUUUUUUUUUUUUGUUUGUUUUUUUUAUUACAUAUAUUUAUGAAGCAUAUUUGCAGACUGAAACAGUUAUUUCCAGUGCAGUGUUACACUAGUAAGUUAAUAUUCGUCAUAUUUGUUCUGUUGUUUUAAUUUUCAUAAAUGUUUAUUUUAUUUAAUCGUCCUGUAGACAACAUUUAAUAAAUAAAUAAAUAAAUAAAUAAAAAGCCGCUAUGCAUUCUAGACGUUUGGUAAAACGUUCGAUUCUUGGGAGCCGGGUAUGUGCCUCUAGCCCCGAGGGGGACGGGGCGCUGCUCCCAGGGGUGGUUCAAUCUGUUAAACUGGAGAACAGGGAAACGGUGCCGGGAUCUCGCAGUAACGUGUACACAGUGUUGCUACAGGAUGGGACCCUGAAAGAAUAUUCUGAAGAGGAAAUCAUCACGAGUCCAGCACAAAUGACAGGGAAAGCGCAAUUCAGGUCCAGCAUGAAGACUGCCUGCAUUGAUUGUGAAAUGGUUACCACUGCCAAGCAACAGGAGCAAAGGAAGAGUGAGAUCAACGAAAAAAACAAACAGAAGCUUCUUGGGACAGAGGAAGAUAUAAACAUGUUCGACAGUAAAAAGGCAAACAGAAUCCAGGACCAUGAAAAGGAUCACACGCUAUCUGUCUCGCUUUUGGAGCAAAAGCACAAAGGUGUUUCCUCAAGUAUUGAUGUCCCUCAUGCAAGGAAAUUGUCUGAAGAAGUGGACAUGGAUAAAGUGACAGCAGCCAUGGUUCUGACAAGCCUGUCAACCAGUCCACUGGUCCACAGCCCCCCAGUCAAAACUAAUGAUGGCACAAAUGGAUCUUGGAAAGAAAGAGGCUUCACCCCCUCCAGUUACAGCAGUAGUGGUUACUGGAGCUGGAGUGCCCCUAGUGACCUGUCCAACCCAUCCACCCCUUCGCCACCCCUGUCUGCUGACAGCUGCAAACCCUUCCGCAUCCCCAGCCAGCCAGAUGAUGGCAUUGACGAGGCAGAUGCAAGCGACCUGUUGUUCAACGAACCAAUUCCCAGGAAAAGAAAGAACUCCAUGAAAGUGAUGUUUAAGUGCUUGUGGAAGAACUGUGGGAGAGUUCUGAGCACAGCUGCAGGAAUCCAGAAGCACAUUCGCACUGUGCACUUGGGUCGCAGUUGUGACUCUGAUUGCAGUGAUGGUGAAGAGGAUUUCUACUACACAGAGAUUAAACUGAACACAGACUCGGUGGCUGAUGGGCUGAGCAGCCUCUCUCCAGUUUCGCCAUCCGUGGUCUCCCCUCCUCACAUCUUUUCCAGCACAGAGCCUGGCCACCCAGAGAGUGUCUGCAUGAAAACUGAGUCCAAGCUUACAACCCCUCUGAGCCGCUCAGCUCCAAGCACUCUCUACCUCGUACAUGCAGAUCAUGCCUAUCAGGUAAAGGCAACAGCACCUGUUAACAUUCCAGGCUCUGCCAACUUCACUCCGAGCAGCAGCAGCUUUAGUAUUUCCUGGCAGUCUCCACCUGUCACUUUUACUGGAAUCCCUGCAUCACCAACACACAUCCGUACCCAUGGAUUUGGAGAACAUCGUCCACAGGCCCAUGCUGCGCUGUCAUCACCGCCCAGAGCUGCAAUGGGACUCAGGAAGUCUCGUGGGGAGGGGAAGAAAUGCCGCAAGGUAUAUGGGAUGGAGAACAGGGACAUGUGGUGCACAGCCUGUCGUUGGAAGAAAGCCUGCCAGAGGUUUAUCGACUGAGAAUAGGAACCAAGGGGCUUUCGAGCUGCUGCUCCAUGACAUUUCAGUGAAACCGAUGUGGAACUAUGGCUAGACAUAGUCAUGGAAGCAUUUUCCAUGAGGUCCCAGUUUUAUUUUCUUCUUUCUUUUAAAAAGAACAUAAUUUGAGCAGGUAACCUUUUUCCAUAACUGCUUUUGCAUUUUCCUUGAUCCACAGCGUGGAAAAAAAAAAACAAGGCAAGACUUUUGAAAGUUAAAAUGAUGGAUUUUAACCAGUUUUAAACAGAAGGACACCCUUCUUUCUGAAUAAAGUCCUAUCAAGUAUCUGCUUUUUCCAGGUGAUGUUUAUACAAGUUUCUUUUCAUUAAUAAUGUAAUAAUGUCCUGUCAACAGAAAAAAAGUGGCGUCUCCCAGACUGUGAAUAAGCUACUGUAUCUGGAAUGUAUUCUGGUUUUGGGUCAAUAGGUUUGUUCAGAAUGGGCAGGGGAGGUGAGAGUGUUCUAAUUUCUCGUCUUGGAAAUAGACCACCAUAAGACUCGGAAACUCGGCUCCUCUGCAAGCAUUGACAACCUAUAUACAGUGUGUGUGUGUGUUUUUUAUAUAUAUAUAUAUAUAUAUAUAUAUAUAUAUAU